AUGUGGCCCUUGCGGGUCUAUACUCGCAAGAAGCGGGCAGGCCAGAGGCUCAACGUAACCCCGACGCCGGACCUGGGCGCCCCGGCGAAGGCGGAGGCCCCGCCAGGCCGGAAGGGUAAAGGCAGACUGCGCGGUUUGCAGAAGAUAGCGGAGAAAGCCGAGGGGAGCCCGCGUGGAGGCAGUGGCUCUGGGCUGCCCAGCGCUCAGCUAAGAGUUUCCGGAGAGCAAAGCCUGCAAGAAGACAGUCCUGGUGAGCAGACACAGGCGGCGAAGACUGCUCCGUUGGGCGAGUCACUGACUGAUGACCUCCAGGUUGACAGUAGUUCAUCAAGUAGUGAACUAAUGUCAGGAUUAAAUUUACAGCAUGAUAGUUCCAGUUCUCUCCUGAGCUGUUCAGUCACCGAAUCUUAUGAAGAAUGCAAGAGUUUUGAAGAGAGUUUAAGUAGCUUCUCAUCACCUGAAUUGUUCAGAGGAUCAGAUUAUUUAGUAUGGGAGCAUCCCAAGGUAGAAGAACACAUGCUGUGCAAGAAUUCCACUCUUCUGGAUACCAGUAAUGCAGUAGCAAUAGAGAAGAUGCCACACUUUUCAGAACUCUCUGCAAUUUUAGGAACUUCUUCAGAAGACUAUCAGAAAUGCUGUAUAAAAAAAGGGAUGAUGUUAGCAGACCAAAGUAUUCCUUCAAAACCAAAGUAUACUUCAGAUUCAAAAUCAGAUAAUGCUGCUUGUGAGGUUUUACUUGCUGAGAAAACAUGCCCUUCAGCCUCUGAAAAGGCAAAGAAAAAAAAAAUAAAUUCUACUACUGAUAAGAAAAGUACAGACUUGUUAACAAGUACACCAUCUUCAGCUACAGCUGUUUUUGUGAUUGAUUUGUCCUCAGUACAAAAAGCAUCUUCUGAAGAAUUGUGUCCAAAUGUCAGCAAUUAUGUUAAUUCAAAUGAAAUUGUUCCUGUGUCAAGUUUGCAAGAAAAUUCUUCAAAUGAGUUUCCUUCAAAUACAUCAGAAAUGUGUUGUAUUAUUAGGGCAUCACCAGGUACUAGACAAGUGAAAAGUAAGGGUGUUACUGUGAAGAAGAAAAAAUAUUCUCCUCCCAAAGAUAUUCCUCAAGGUGGACCCCGUGAGCCGGCCUCCGCGCCUUCCCGUCUCGGGCCGGGGGGUCGCGGCCCCAAGGGCAUCACCGUGCCUGCUCUGCUGCCGGAGCAGCCGGCUCGGCCGGGCGCGAGCCGGAGGGGAGAAGCCGCUCAAGCCGAGCCCGCUGCCAGUGGUACCCCAAACAUCUCUAUCGGGGAAGUGAGGCGCGGAAGGCUUCCGCAGCCCACAGCCCCUGGUGUCGUCACCGCGCCACCUGCCACAGCCUCAGAGAGCCGCGGACAGCCUCCCAUGCAAGCACAGGGACCCGAUCACGUCCCUUCCAGCCCGGCCAUCUUCCCCGCGCACGCCCCGCCCCCAGCUGCCACGUGA